AUGGUCAAGAAAGGGAAGGAAAAGGCCUCGGCACCAAUGCCGCAGGCAACGGCCAGCUCCUCCAAGAGCUCGUCGAAGAAGUCAUCCAAAGCAGCUACCGGUAGCAGCACAGCUCAGAAUGAUGACUUCAACAUAGUCUUCACCAACUCUACGAAAGACCCGAAGCCGAAGAGAGGUGCACAAGGACCUGGACCAGGCGAGCCAGAGGUCGUGGGGCCGCCCAAACCGACGGUGAAGCAGAUUAUCGGGGGUUCAAGCUGGACUGGCAAACUGCCGGUAAAUCUACUUCAAGAGCACUGUCAGAGGCAGAAGUGGGACAGGCCCGAUUACCAACCGAUUAGGGGUUCGGAUGACUUCGCCUUCUUCGUGCAGCUGAGUGCCAAAGAUCCCAAAACACACGAGACAGUGAAGCUGCCUCCUUUCAAGCUACCCCCGGAUUAUAAGCACCUUGUGAGCAAGCCCACAGCACUGGAAGCCAGACAUGCAGCCGCCACCUACGGAUUGUUCCGAGUCUGUAGCAUGAAGAACAUCCAUACGUCAUUACCUCCAGACUACAAGUCACUGUGGAAGGAAUUCGAGGCUUUGAAGAAGGAAGACGUCAAGAAAGGCAAUGCAUGGUUGUACGAUGCCGACCCCUUUGCUACUUUGAAGCAACGUGAGGAUGAGAAAGCUAAGGCCGAGAAGAGGCGUAAGGAGCAGGAAGCAAUCAGGGAGAAGGCAAGGAACAUGCCCGGAGCUUCUGGCUUAGUUCUUCGGGGCAAUGCUUCAAAUGGCUCGGGCGGGGGUGGCAAUCCCAUGAAGGGGUGGACGACUGUGCCUAAGGUCGAGAUGGGUCGAAAGACACGAUCUGCGCUAGAAGACCUACUCCGGCGAGAGGUCAUCUGGAACCCCCACGGAGUCAAGAUGUCGGACUUCCAAAAGCAUUCCACUAUCAAGGAACUGACCAGUUCGGGUUUCCGCAAGAGCCAUGUCGAGGAAGCUGUGGAGGAGUGCAAGGAUCGCGAGGAGACCCUUGAGUGGCUUCUGAUACACGUACCCGAGGACGACCUACCGAAAUGGGCCUUGCCGGGGACCUACAGCGCUGGUGUUUCGGUUGCCGCAACCCAAGAUUUGAAGCGCGAAGCUGCUAUCACACGACUCUCUCAAUCCGGGUACUCAGCCGAACUAUGCAAAAAACUUUAUAAUGAGCAUACAGGGGACGAGGGACAGACCGCAGAAGCAUUGCAGCGCUUCUUACUCGACAGCGGAAACGACUCAGUCUCUCAAAAUGGAACCACCGAAGAGCCCUUCAUACUUGGCACGCCUGAGGAGUGCUGGAACGAGGAAAUGGAGAGCCUUGCAUCUGUUUACGGCGACAACUACAAGCGCUUGUUAGACGAUGUCUGCCAGAUACGCAUCGAGUCCGUAAGGAACGGGCCGAAGCAAAACAUCGAGACAUUUGCGCAGGUGCGGAAGUCUCCUCGGUAUCCAUCCGAGAUUAUCCUGGCUAUGGUAGCCGAUCUUCCCUCAUAUAUCAAACUCAGUGUGGUCAAGAAAACACUCAUGUACCUCAACGAAUCCUUGAGUGAGGAGCCCAUGAAGAUCUACUUCGCGGUUGAUUGGAUCCACCAAAAUAUCAACGAGAUUAUUGAGAAACCUGGAAAACUAAGGGAGAUUUCCGGUGUGGCAUCGACUGCGGCAGAGGUGCGAAGUGCCCUUUCGUCGAAGCGGAGACAAGCGAGACACCCAAAACCACUGCCGAGGACGGUCGAUAUGCGCAACAAGGAGGAGUGGCAAAGAAGACAGCAGGACCCGGCGUUAAAGCAGAUGGUGUCUCAACGCCAGAAGCUGCCUGCCUGGCUGGUGAAAGAUUUGGUAGUCGACACUGUGGCGCAGAAUCAAGUCACAAUCAUCGCCGGAGAGACAGGCUCUGGCAAGUCCACUCAGUCUGUCCAGUUCAUCCUCGACGAUCUAUACAGUAGGGGACUAGGCAAUGCUACCAAUAUUGUCUGCACACAACCCCGCCGAAUUUCAGCCCUUGGCCUAGCAGACAGAGUCAGUGACGAGCGCUGUUCACAGCUUGGCAGGGAGGUCGGUUACACAAUCCGCGGGGAGAACAAGACGAGUCCGCAAACCAAGAUCACUUUUGUGACCACUGGUGUGUUACUGAGACGCCUUCAGACCUCAGGCGGACGAACAGACGAUGUGGUCGCCUCUUUAGCUGAUGUCAGUCACGUCGUGAUUGACGAAGUACACGAGCGCAGUCUCGAUACAGACUUCCUCCUGAGCAUCAUCCGUGACGUUCUGAAGCGAAGAAAUGACUUGAAGCUGGUGCUGAUGAGUGCCACUCUCGAUGCCGCCACAUUCCAGAAUUAUUUUACCUCGGAGGGUCUUCACGUUGGUCUUGUCGAGAUUGCAGGCAGAACGUAUCCAGUCGAAGACUACUACUUGGAUGACAUCAUCCGGAUGACGAACUUUACAGUCGAGAACGACAGAUAUCGUGACACUCGCGACGAAGGGGUGUUCGCUGCGGAUACUAAGGGAUCCUUCGAUGCACAAGACCCGAUCAACAAAAUCAUACAGAAAUUGGGUUCUCGUAUCAAUUAUUCCCUGCUAGCGGAGACUGCGAAAGCCAUCGAUGCGGACCUUCAUCAUAGCAAUAAGAAGGGCGGGAUCCUCAUAUUUUUGCCAGGAGUUAUGGAGAUCAAUCGGACCGUCAAUCAGCUGAGAGCCAUCUCAUCACUCCACGUAUUACCUCUGCAUGCAUCGCUCGACACAAGAGAGCAGCGAAGGGUCUUUACGAGUGCCCCACCCGGGAAACGGAAGGUGGUUGUAGCCACCAACGUGGCAGAGACCUCGAUCACCAUCGAUGACAUUGUCGCGGUGAUUGACACUGGCAGGGUCAAGGAGACGAGCUUCGACUCGCAGAACAACAUGCGGAAGCUGGAGGAAACAUGGGCCUCACGCGCAGCAUGUAAGCAACGACGAGGACGUGCUGGCAGAGUACAAGCUGGAAAGUGCUACAAACUCUAUACAUACAGCCUGGAGCAGCGUAUGGCUGAACGUCCUGAGCCCGAGAUACGUCGGGUGGCCCUCGAGCAACUUUGUUUGUCUGUUCGAGCCAUGGGUACUAAAGACGUUGGCGGAUUCUUGGCGAGAACACCAACUCCACCAGCAGUCACAGUCGUUGAGAACGCGAUCUCGAUGCUGCAAAGGAUGGGUGCUCUCGAUGGUGAAGAGCUGACUGCUCUGGGGCAACAGAUGGCUAUGAUCCCAGCCGACCUUCGGUGCGGUAAACUCAUGGUCUACGGUGCUAUUUUCGGCUGCCUAGAUGAGAGCAUCACCAUCGCCGCGAUUCUGAGUACGAAGAGUCCGUUCCUGUCGCCGCCAGAUAAACGGGACCUGGCCAAAGAAGCCCGCGCGCGAUUCUCGAGAGGGGAUGGGGAUCUCCUGACCGACCUCAGGGGCUUCCAGCAAUGGCACACCAUGAUGGAUGAGGGGACUCCGCAACGCCAGCUGCGGCAGUUCUGCGACGACAACUGCCUCUCCUACAACACCUGCUCUGAUAUAUCCGCAACGCGCACACAGUACUACUCCGCCCUCGCGGAGAUAGGCAUCACCGAGAACAAGCACACCGGCGGGCCAGCCUCGCUCUCUCUCGUGCGUGCUCUUACCGCCUCAGCCUUCACGCCACAAAUAGCGCGCAUACAAUUUCCGGACAAGAAGUUCGCCACGUCGAUGUCGGGCGCCGUCGAGCUCGAUCCCGAGGCCAAGACGAUCAGGUACUUCACGCAGGAGAACGGACGGGUGUUCAUCCACCCGAGCAGCAUGCUGUUCGACAGCCAGGGCUUCUCGGGCAAUGCUGCGUUUGUGUCUUACUUCACUAUGAUCUCGACCAGCAAAAUCUUUAUCCGGGAUCUCACUCCAUUCAACGCCUUCACGCUUCUCCUCUUCUCCGGGGCCAUCGAGCUCGAUACCAUGGGCCGGGGCUUGUUGGUCGACGGGUGGCUACGGUUGCGCGGCUGGGCAAGGAUCGGUGUCCUGGUCUCGAGACUCAGGGGCAUGGUUGACAACAUCAUCGCAAUGAAGGUCAAUAAUCCGCAGAUGGACGUCCAGGACAACGAGGUUAUUAGACUGGUGGCGAAGCUCAUCGAGUUGGACGGGCUGGAUGCGUAA